AUGUAUUUGGUGAUUACGGUAGAUGAGGAGCCUACGGUAGCCCCGCCCACUACUACGUUGAAACCGAAAAAAGGGGGAUGGAUAAAUCGGCGAAGACGAAAGCGACAGGGACCCUUAGGAGGACUCUAUUCGGGAAAAGAGGUUCUGGAAGAGGAGGAGGAAGAAGAUAACUAUGAUAAUUAUGAUACGGUCAAGUCGCUGCCAGCAUCGGGCCAUUAUGGAAAGUCUCGAGUGGGCAAUACGUCGCAUACGAAGCUCCAGGACUUGGCGGAUGAGAUUAGGCAAAGGGGCGGAGCCAAGAGUCAGGCGCCGCCCCGCCCACCGGUUAUCAUAUUUCGAGUGCCGCGGAAGCAUGCCAACUCGAUGUCAUCGUUGAGGAUAUCGCCUGGAGGCGGCAACAAUGGCGUCGUCAAAGCCCCCCUAUCGGAUCCGGUCUUUGAUUUUUACACGUGGCACACUUCUGAAGCCGACAAUCACGACGCUGUCUACUCGCUAUUUAUGAAAGCGCACAAAUGCUACGACCUCAUCCCCACCUCAUCGAAAUUGGUGGUUUUUGACACCCAUCUACCGGUACGAAAAGCCUUCUACGCGCUGGUCUAUAACGGUGUACGCGCCGCGCCCCUCUGGGAUACGGAUAAUCAACGAUUCACUGGAAUGCUCACAAUUACGGAUUUUAUCAAGAUUUUGUGCAAACACUACGACAAGGGAGACAACGCGGAGCACAUUCGCGCCCUCGAAGACCAACAAAUCAGUCAUUGGCGUGAGCAGUUCGAGCAAGACGGCACGCUCCGCCCAUUCGUCCACAUUGACCCCAACGAGUCGUUGCAUCGAGCUGUUGAGAUCCUGUGUGAAUCGAAAGUUCAUCGAUUGCCGGUGCUGGAUCGAAAGACGGGAAAUAUUACGUACAUAUUGACACACAAACGCAUCAUGAAGUUCCUCUCGCUUUAUAUGCGCGACUUGCCCCGCCCCUCGUUCAUGUCGUGUAGUCCUCGUGAACUAGGCAUCGGAGCGUGGGGAGAUAUCCUGUGUUGCCACGUGGACACACCCAUACACGACGCACUGGAGCUCUUCCUGAAGAAUCGAGUAUCCGCCCUCCCGCUGAUUGAUGAGCACGGCCGAGUGGUUGAUAUCUACGCGAAAUUCGAUGUUAUCAGUCUGGCAGCCGAGAAUUCGUAUGAUAAGCUGGAUUGUACGGUACAAGAAGCGCUGAAACAUCGAUCCGAAUGGUUCGAGGGUGUACACACGUGUCAGGCGACGGAUUCACUGUUUCAAGUGCUCGAAGCGAUUGUGAAGGCGGAGGUUCAUCGAUUGAUUGUCACUGAUCAGGAUAGAAAGGUUGUCGGUGUCGUCUCCCUCUCUGACAUUCUCAAAUAUCUCGUCCUGGACCCAUGCCAAAAACCGCCGGCUCCGCCCACUCGUAACGCUUCUGGAACGUCUCAAGGAGGCGUCUCGACCGAUAGCCCACCGAAUAGCAUUCCAGAAGGCGUGGAAAUCGAUGAAGAUGAGCAAGAAGACGUGCCAGGCGCGCCAGACGACGUUCCAGGACUAUCCAAGGCCUAA